AUGGGUUCUCGACAAUUCAAAGCUAAUUAUUCUCGUUUUACUAAGGCUGAGGGUUCAUCUUUCAUUGCCCUUCUUAUCUAUAUUGAUGAUAUUCUCAUAGCUAGUAAUGAUAUGAAAUCUAUUGAGCUUUUAAAGUCCUUGCUUAAUGAGAAGUUUAAGCUCAAGGACCUUGGUAAUCUCAAAUAUUUCCUUGGUUUGGAAGUGGCACAGUCUCCUGCUGCUGCCAAUUCAUUAUCCCUCAAAACUAUUGUUGAUUCUGAUUGUGCUUUUUGUCUUGAUAGUAGAAUAUCUACAAGUGGUUAUUGUGUUUUUCUUGGCGAUUCUUUGGUUUCCUGGAAGACCAAGAAAUAG